AUGGACUCUUUGCUAUUAGCAAAAAUAAAACCAUAUACAACCAGAAUAGUAGUGCAAUAUCAGAGUGGCCUUAUCCGGAUUUCCAGAGAUAUAUCAAACCAUGAAAAACAACAUGUAGAAGCAAGAAAAUGCACAGUGAAAAAAUGUCUUCAGAAGCAUGACAUUGAAUGUUCCAUGGACAAUGUCCCCAAUAUUGCCAUACUGGGUUCAGGUGGAGGCCUGAGGGCUAUGAUUGCACUGCUGGGAACACUGGAAGAGAUGCAGGAACAAUGUCUUCUGGAUACAGUGAUGUAUAUUGGUGGAGUAUCGGGUUCUACGUGGUGUAUGUCAUAUGUUUAUGAAACUGAAGAAUGGAACAAACAGCUAUAAAGUUUGGAAGAUAAGUUGUGUCACAAACUGGUAAAGCCACUCCAGGACUGGAAGAAAGCCUUAAAAAGUCUGAUUGAGUCAAGUAAAGAUGACACAUACUCCUUAACUGAUUUUUGGGGUUAUGUUAUAGUUUACAUAAUAAUGCAUGAACUGGAUGAUCAUCAUCUGUCUGAUGAACAGAAAAUUUGUAAGAAUGGGAUAGUGCCUUACCCAAUCUAUGCAGCAGUGGAUUCAACCAAAUUAGAUGCUGCUGCAAGUGAAAUCCACUCAGAUAUCUGGUUUGAAUUUACACCACAUGAGGUUGGAUUCUUUAACCCUGGAGCAUUUGUGGAUGGGACUCUCCUUGGAAGCAAGUUUGAGAAUGACAAACUGAAGGAAAAGAAGAAUGAAAAGAAAAUGUCUUAUCUAAGAGGAUUAUGGGGAAGUGCUAUUGCAAAUUUCAAAGAAGACAUGAGAGUUUUAAUAGAAUACAGAUGUACCUGUGACUAUUGUAAAGUUGCUUUAGAGAUAACACAUUUCUCUCAGCAUAUUAUGGAAAGCCAAGCAUGUAUUAUGGAAACUAAAACAUAUGCAGAUGCUAAGAAGCAUAUCACAAACAUUAUUGAAAUCCUAGAAAACAAAGGACCCAGUGAUACCUACAACUUUUGUUGUAGCCUGAAGGAAAUCGAUUAUUCUCUAGACCCAACUGAAAGUGGAAAACAUUUUUUGAAACUGCUUGAGAUUUUACAAUUAGAAUUUACAGAACCUCGGUACAACUGUUUUCUUGUAAAAUCAUUUUACUGCAUAUUAACUUUUCAUCUCAGUGACAUUCUUUUAAAUUAUUUAUAUAUUUGCCCAGCUGAAAAAAAAGGAAUCAUCAGUCACAAAGAAAUUACAACAAUCAUAAAUGAACUGGAAGAGAGUACAGAGAAGAUUACUAUGCAGGAGUUAAGUUGGGAGUUCCCCAUACAACAUCUUGGACAUGAUAUAUGGGAUAUCGUGAAAUUUAUGUACAAAACUAUUACUUGUAUCUGUAAAUGGAAAUGGGGAAACAUCUCUAACUAUACUUACAAAUGCAUUGACCUGAAGGACAAAAACAUGACUGAUAAGACAGAUAUUCAGUUGGCAGAUGCUGGCAUAGUCAUAAAUUCUGCUUACCCCCUUAUCUUGCGUCCAGAAAGAAAAGUGGAACUCAUUCUGUCUUUUGAUUUUAGUGAAGGAGAUUGUUUUGAGACUAUCAAGAAAGCAAGUCAAUACUGCAAGGAAAACAAUCUUCCCUUUCCUGAAAUUGAUGCCCUAAAUUUAGACAAGGAUAAAGAAAACCCUGAAGACUGUUACAUCUUCAGGGGCAAUGGUGGUCCAACUGUCAUGCACUUUCCACUUUUCAACAGAGUAAACUGUGCAGGUAACAUAUCUGACUGGCACAAAAGGUAUAAAACCUCCAACCUAUCUUAUUCAGAACAAGAUAUUAAAAAUCUUCUAAAAGCAGAAAAAACAAAUGUGAGAAAUAAUACUAAAAAAAUCCAGCAAAUGUUGAAAGCUGUAGCAAAUCCUUAA